CUUGUUUACUUGGUUCCCCUUUUUUUGGCGGUGGUGGUGGUGGUGGUGGUGUGGUGAGGUUUGAGACACCUUUUGAGGAAGGAUGGGUAGGACCUGAGACCUGAGACCUGACAGAGACGGGCGAUGGCAGAUCAGACGCAAAGGGUCCUCUCUUUUGGGAUGCGGCGGUAUGGAGCACCGAGUGCUUCGUGUGGCGCUUUUUCUCCUUCGUGUAGAUUUAGGUUGCUCUCUUGGGCGGGGUGAUAAUUCAAACGACCUGAGGUUGGUUCGGAUAGGCUUGGGAAAACAAUUAGGUCAGGAAGAAAGGAGAUACUAUGACUUGGUACCGAGAGAAUGCACGUACCCACAGGCAACUGCAAAGUACCAACUCUGUCAGUUCUCAAUGCGCCGUGCCUGGGCUGGUCCUGCGCCGGACUGUUCUGGCCGUGGAAGAGUGGAUGUCUUUAUUUUUUUUGGUGGUUCAAUGUUUCGGUGAGGAACGUGCUCGAAGCGUGGCUCCGUUGCGGGACGGACCUCUUUAGACGUUCGUUUAUGCUGGUGGGGCUGCCGGUUGAGAGGGUACUGGAGUAAAGUAAUAUGGAGUAAUAAAGAGUAUGUGCUUUGUCCGUCUCGUUUGCGAAAUUGGCGCGAGUGUCCUUUGACGCCGUUGUUGCUGCGUAGAAUUGCAGUGUUAGAAAAGAGGGACGUUGGACGGCGACACGAAAACAGCCAGAAAUGCAGGGCAGAGAAAUCGGCGGUCAGAAUGUGUGAGUGUGAGCAGGCUGGAUGAGGCGGCGCAAAGUAUUUAUUUGGAUGACGGAAGAAGGAGGGAGACGGAGACGGAGGGAGGGAGGGGCAGAUGGACGGGCGACGACGGGUGAGGGAUGAACGAGGGUUGGGGGCGAAGACGAGACGAGACCUCUCUGCUCUAUCGCAG